UCGCGUACGUGGAGAACACGGCUCCUGUUGAACUGCGUGGGAAGGCUCGAGUGACCUUAUGGACUGAAGAGAAAAUGGAGCUGAGAAUGCCAAGAAUGGAAGGUGACAAUGUGUUGCCCAAGAAGUCGCAGCUGCAGUUCAUCGACACAAUCGGCUAUUUACCGCCACCCACGCUGGGCGAGGAUGCUUAAAAAGCGGUGUUCGAACAGGGACCAGGUGUGAAACUGCAACAUCAUGGUGGUUGUCUCUGCACGAAUCGUGCUGGUGCUUCUGGUCCUGUUCUGCCUUUCGGUUCCACUGGCCGUUGCACAGGAGGAAGGGGCCUGCUUAGAGCUCGAUCUGCCCAACAUAUUCGGUCUCGGUCCUUGCAUGGGAGACAGUCUCCAGUUUUGUUCGGAGAGCAGGACAGGACUUGUGGAAGGCUUCAGCAAGCUACUUAGCUGCCUGCUGCAAGGCUUGGCCAUGACCCCACCUUCAACCUACUUCCAGCUUAUCGCCUCCCUCCUGCAGACCAUACUGUUAACUGUCUCCCGCCAAUUAGGCGUGGAAGAGCCCCCGCCUGGCUCCCUUCUUGAUUUCUGCGACGACCCUGUGGCUGCAGCAAUGCCUAUCUGCGCGGGACAGGAACCCGAGGAGAAUUGUGGACGUCCCCUCGUCAUCCGUGUACCGGUGACACCCUCUCUUGACGUGUGCACGACCGGGAGUGUAAACGGGACUAUAAACGGGACAACUGGGGGACAGUGUCUAGAAGGAUCCACCGCCGAGUGCGUGAACGGGACUAUAAACGGGACUAUAAACUGGACUGUAAACGGGACUACUGGGGGACAGUGUCUAGAAGGAUCCACCGCCGGGGUGUUGGAGUACGCACACCUUUUCGAGCUGGUGCAGUGCCUCGUAUUCCAUUACCAACGCUCGCAGUCGGAGACCAUCGUCCGGAACAGCUGGUGUGACCUGUUGGAGCUCCUAGACCGACUGCUGGCCGACAUGACCGACACGACGACUGUUGUGAAUGUUGGAGUGGGUGACAUCACUUCCGUUAACAUAACUCGGUUAAGCCCUCUUGCCCAGAUGCUGAUUGACACGCUGCGAAACAUCCGCGACUCGCUCAAGGUUCAGUGUUCUGUGCUGUAACCUCUUAUGCCGUUCCAAGAACUCAACUAUGUAUCACCCCGUGGACAGCGUCACAAUACACCUGCCGGAUCCGCCGAGUUCAG